AUGAAUAAAAGUUAUUCCGGCGCACAUGUUUUUCUAGCUGAUUUCGUUUUUCUAUCAUAUUUAACAUUUGUUUUUUUCCUAUUUUUUUUUUUCCAGAAUUCAUGGAACUUUAGAGGACGACAAAGUUAUUGCACAAACACCAGUGAAGACUCAAACUCAGGAGACGUAUCCGUCGAAUAUAUUCAUGGCUUGCCACAUCUUACCAUACCACUUCCCAGCCGAAAUGAGAAAUGCCGUUUUGCCCUUAAACCUGUUUCACAUCGUGUCGGUGAUCUGAUCGAGAUGCUGAAAACCGAAGAUCGCGGUAUUGAUCGUGCCACAAUAUUAAAUCAAUCGGGUGUUAGAAUAGCAUCGACGUGUAACAUAGAAAGUCUAAUGGAUGAACCAUUUUGGAUACACAUCAAUGAUCAGAAAUACAAAGUUGUACCACCAAAAAGGGAAAAAGUUCAGCUAGAAGAUUUGAAAAAAUUGGGAGAUGUUAAAGCCUUAGUAGCCCAGCUAUAUGAAGCCUUACAUGUGGGCGAAUAUCACAUAGAAAAGGAACAGGAAUUGAAUACAAAACUAGAAGACUUAAAAUAUCAAUUGGCUCCUUUGGAAAGGCAAAAAAGUGAGCUAAGUGCCCAGGCUGAGAGAAAAACCAAUAUCAUGACAUGGGUUGGUUUGGGUCUGAUGUCCGUGCAAUUUGGCAUUUUGGCUCGCCUUACGUGGUGGGAAUACUCUUGGGAUAUUAUGGAACCUGUUACAUAUUUUGUUACCUAUGGUACGGCCAUGGCCAUGUAUGCCUACUACUGUGUAACAAAAACGGAAUACAAUAUACCGGAAGUGAAAGACCGCCAUUACCUCCUAACCCUGUAUAAACGUGCCAAAAAGAGGAAUUUCGAUGUGGAAACCUACAACUCGCUCCGACGUCAAAUAGCCGAAAUUGAAUACGAUUUGCGUCGUUUGCGUGAUCCUCUGAACUUGCAACUGCCACCUCAUGUCGAUCGUUCACAAGAGAAGCCACCACUAAAUCCUGGCCAACAUGCGGCUAUCAACAGCACCACCCCCACUACUGACAUUUCGAGUUCCAGUGUUGUAAAGAAAUCCGGUUUUAAGAUACCCUUUUUGGACUCGAAAAAUUAA